GUCUGUGGUCAAGUGUCAGAAAGUCUAAAUGUCAAAGUCCCGAAAGAAAAUAUUUUCUAAAAUAUAAUAUUUUCUAUAACAUAAUAUUCAUCGAUGAUUGCUAAUAAUUUCAUAGCCGAUAAACAAUUCUCCGUAAUCAAAGUUGACUGAAUAGUUGCUGAAAUUCUAUAAAUUUAGUUCAUAAAAUGAGCACCAUGGAUGAAAUAGAAGAUGAAGCAAAAGCAGCAGCUGAAAAGAUGGUAAUGAAUAUGAUGCAGAGACCUGGACAGCUUGAAAAAGUGGAACACUAUAAAAAAAGGAUAACUCAUAAAAAGGCCUCCAUUGAAGCUCAGCUAAAGUCAGCAGUGCAGGGCAAGCUCGAUGGAGUCAGUGUUGGGUUGAAACAGUUACAAGAAUGCCUGGAGGAUGUUCAACAAGUUAGCUUAAAAAUGGAUGAACUGGAAGAGCUUUUGAAAGGUGUACCACCUCUUGUGGCAUCACUCCAAGCGGUGCGGGAGGAAGACUCGCGCCACUCCCAGUAUGUCACAGCCAUGGACAGUCUCAAACACAUAUUCACAGUACCAGAAAGUGUGGCCAAAACAAAACAAUGGAUAGGAGAAGGAAAACUUCUUCAUGCCCAUCAAUGCCUAAAUGAUCUGGAAAACUCCAGAGAUGAUUUGCUAUAUGAGCUCCAUAGAUUACCCAACCAAUCUUCACAUGAUAAGAUUAUGUUGAAGGCUUACUUUGAAGAUGUUGAAAUGGUGUCGAAUUUACUGGAGAAACAAAUUAAAUUGAUAUUAGCACGAACUUUGAAUACAGUUCGUAAGGAGCCCACGGUAAUUGUGACAGCAUUGAGGAUAAUUGAAAGAGAAGAGAAAAGGGAUCAAAUGGCUUUACAGCAACAAGACCAAACCGGAUUCAUGCCACCUGGCCGUCCCAAAAAUUGGCGAGCCAAAGCUUUCGAAGUUUUAGAAUGUGCAGUUGCUCAGCGUAUUGAAGGGACACGCGUCGAUGAACGUGAGGAUAAUAAACUGUGGCUGGUCAGGUACCUGGAGCUCACGAGGCAACUCAUAUUGGAAGACUUGAGGGUUGUCAAAACUUUGUGUGUCCCCUGCUUCCCGCCGCAUUAUGAUAUCGUUAACAAAUACGUCAAUAUGUAUCACAUAUGCUUAUCAGCAAGUCUCCAAGAUGUAGUAACUAAUGGCAUAGAAGGCAAUGAGUAUGUUACUCUUUUAUCUUGGAUACUAAAUACCUACCCUGGUCACGAGUUAAUGGGUAGCACAGAGUUAAAUAUUGACGUAACUACAUUGCCACCUUUAUUGAGCAAAGAAACUAUGCAAAAACUGCAGGAUGAAUAUUUGCAGAAAAUGGAGUCAAACUACAUGGAGUGGAUGGAGAAGACGCUGGAGUCGGAGCGCGCGGAGUGGGCGGGGCAGCGCGCGCCCGACGUGGAGCCGCACUCCAACGCCUACCACACGCACGCGCCCGUCAUCAUCUUCCAGAUGAUCGACCAGAACUUGCAGGUGACUGAAACUAUAAGCAAAGAAAUAACGUUUAAAGCGUUACUGCUCAGCAUCGACCAAGUUACACGUUACGGAAAUAUGUACAGAGAUGGAGUUAUACAAUUUAAGAACGGUCACUUCGCGGACCGGUCGCGCGUGGCGUACUUCACGCACCACAUGAUCACGAUCGUGAACAACAGCGAGCAGAUGGUGCGGCUCGCGCAGCAGACGCAGACGCGCCACUGGCCGCCCGCCCGCCACGACCCGCCCGCUGAGGCCAAGUUCGACAAAAUGCUUAACACAUUCCAGAGUUUAAGAGAUGAAGCUGCGCAAUUUCUCCUUGAGGAAGCAUUCCUGGACUUAGAAGUUCACUUCGAUGAUCUAUUUACAGCGAAAUGGUUGCAUUCUACUAUUCCAGUCGACACUAUUUGUAUCACACUCGACGAUUACUUUCAAGACUACAAUCAUUUGAGAGAUAAAAACUUUGAGUAUGUUAUUAACGAAGCUCAAAACUUGGUGUACAAAAAGUACAUUACAGCUAUGUUAUCGAAGAAAGUCGCCUUCAAAAAUGUGGAGGAAGCUCAGCAAGCUGCCACUAAGAUAGUGAAAGAGGCGAACCAAAUAAGGUCUUUCUUUAGAAAGAUAGCUGCAGAUGGUGUCAACGUGGAUUGGCCCUUCGAAGUCAUCAGUAUGCUAGCGGAGGUGCUGCGGUGCCAGGACAUCGAGAUGCUGUCGCUGGACCUGCACGGCGUGGUGGCGAAGUGCCCCGACAUGUCGGAGGAGCAGCUGUGGCGCCUGGUGUGGCUGCGCGGCGACGUGCCCCGCGCGCGCCUGCGCGACACCGUGCACAUCGCGCUCGCCAGCCGCCCGCCGCCGCGCGCCAACUCGCACCCCUCGCUCUUCAAGCACAUCACCUUCAGUGACCGCCUGCUCUCGCACUUCAACCUCUAAACCUACUAACACGUGCCUACACGGCUACAUCACACUUCAUACUCUUCCACUCAAAUCAUUUCACCCUUUAGUAGCUCAAAAAUGUAGGUUUUGCUGCUUAAAAACAAUGAUCAAAAUCAACUUUCCUCACUAGUGAGACAAAGCAUGGCCAUCCGGAUUAACUGCUUGGCUGCCGCUAAUUAUAGAACAAUAGAAAUCAAUUGUGUGUCCCGUGAAUCCGCACACUACCACCAGGGGUUAAGCAGCAAAACCUACAUGUUUGAGCUACUUACGUGAAAAUAAAUAUUGAAAUUAUCCGUUUGGAGUUUUGGAGCCUCCAGCGAGCGCAGUAGUGUUUUGUUACUACAUUUCCACGAGAAGAGCUACUCGCCUCGUUCCGUAUUCAGUCUACUUCUCCGAAGCAAGCUAGUAGUUACUAAUGAAUGCGUAAUGAUUCAAUAUACGAACAAAACACUAUUGCGCGUGCCCAAGACAUCAAUGUCUUCAGACGGGUGAUGUUACUUCAUGUAAGAUAUAGUCUACCCAACUAGUAUUAUGGGGUGCAUAAAAUUAUAUUUAAACUCGAUCACAUCAUAUUUAUCUUGGCAUACGCAAUAAAAGAUGAAGUCAAACUGGAAGGAACCUUAUCUAAAUUUGUUUAAAACAUUUCUAGUUGGGUUAGUGGCCGGAAUGACAGAAGACUUAUAGCUAUAAGAUAUAAAUAAUUUUCUGAAUAAUGCCCAUUGAGUAUUCAUCAACGCUAACGUAGUUUACUAGUACCUAAGUAUUUUUAAUUUAUGUACCUAUGUAUAAAUUGUGUAAUAUUGUGUAAGUUAAUUGUGUAAGUCUUUUUAUAAGUUUCUAAUUGUCCACUUCUUACAUUACAAAGUAAACAUUAUCUGACCUAGAGAAAAACUCAAUGUAUAAAAUGUUAUGUGAUCACAACGUAGGUCCCCAAGAUACAGGCAGCGCCUAGUUUGGGGACCACAGAACCUAAGAAAAUGUCUCCAAUAGAGAAGUUACAGCGAACAUUUGUAAUAAUUUACUUUAAUUUUAUAAACGUGACUCAUUAAUGUAACUGUGGAUCAAUAAACUUAAAACUAAACUAAAACUAAAACUAAACUGUAAAAUAAAUCUAUAUAUUUAUAUGAAA